CUUCACUCUUCGGAGCUCAAAAUAAUGGCUAGAUGCAGGGUUUUGGUGCCACUCUUGUGGUCCAUGAUCUUCAUUGUUCAUGCAUUUCCAACAUUUUUAGCUUCCACUUACAGUUAUAAUACUCUUGAUGAUGAGUCUAAUUCAGACUAUAUAUGGUCUCCCCCGCUAGCAACUGGACCAGCACCAGCUCCAACACCUCUCUCUGGUGCCAUCAAAGGUGGCUAUUGGCCUUCAUGGAAAGCUGAAGCUUUACCUCCAUCAACAAUCCCCACCUGUUUCAGUCACCUAUUUUAUGCCUUCCUUGGGCUAGAUACGUCUAGUUACCAACUGGGUGUCACACAACAUGAUGAUCAAUGGAUGAAGAGUUUCACAAAUACCCUUCAUGCAAAACAGCUUCCUGCAAAAACCUUCCUAUCCAUCGGAGGAGGUAAUUCAAAUGCAAGCACUUUCUCCACAAUGGCUAGUAAUGCUACUAGUCGGGCAGCCUUCAUAAAUUCUAGCAUUGAAGUAGCUAGAAAAUAUAAUUUUGAUGGCCUUGAUCUUGGCUGGGAAUUUCCUAAUACAAAAGAAGACAUGUCAAGCCUUUCAUUGUUGUUUGAAGAGUGGUACAAUGCAAUUGAGUAUGAAUCUCUAUCUGGCCAACCUCGGCUUCUCUUAGCUGCAGGAGUUUAUUUUGCUCCAAGUUUUUUCUUAUCUGAUGUGUAUAGGGAGUACCCAACUGAUGCGAUUAGCAAAUAUGUUGAUUUCUUGAAUGUAAUGUGCUUUGAUUAUCAUGGUAAAUGGAAUACUUCAGUUACAGCUGAACAUGCUUUGCUUUAUGACAAGUCUACUAAUAUCAGCACUAGCUAUGGGAUAUCAUCCUGGAUUGAAGCAGGGGUGCCUGCAGAAAAGCUUGUGAUGGGCCUUCCUUUAUAUGGAAGAACAUGGCAAUUGCUAGACCCUGAGGUGCAUGGAAUUGGAGCUCCUGCUGUGGGAGUAGGGCCUGGAGAAGAUGGUUUUAUGCCCUAUAUUGACAUAAUAGAUUUCAAUUCAGCUAAUGCUGCUCCUGAGGUGUAUGAUGAGGAGACAGUAUCAACUUACUCAUAUUCAGGAACUAACUGGAUCGGGUAUGAUGGAGUCAAAUCUAUUAGAGAGAAGGUUAAAUUUGCUAAUGACCAAGGUCUUGCUGGGUAUUUCAUUUGGUCACUUGGAUAUGACAAUAAUUGGAACCUCUCAACUGAAGCUUCAAGGGCAUGGGACAGCAACAACAACUAGUUUUCUGCAAAAUUUGAGAUGGGUUCAUUGAUGAUCUACCUCAAGCCUUCUCUCUAAAUGUGUGUGUGUGUUUUUCUUUUAAAUGGUAUCUAAAUGGAUAAGAAAUAAUUGUAAAUUGACGCAAAUAAGGAAAUUGUAGGCUCUCAAUGUAGGUUUUUUAACCUCAACGGGCCUAAACUAUGAACUUAAGACGCAAGAUAU